GCCGCUACCCCACGCGCUUUACCCGGUACGAUGCGGAUCUGCGCAUUGCUUUACGAUCUCGGCCUCAUUUGUUGUGGAGAGGAGGAGGGACCCUUUUGCACGUCGCUUUCAAUGAGGCAAAGCAUGCUCUCUCUCGACCUGAAACUGCAGAUUCAGAUUAAGAAGGGAAGGAGGGGAGAGGUCACGCACGCGUCUGAUGUUGGUAUUGAUUGAAAAUGAAACGGAGGCACUUGCGUUUUCGCAGGUUCGGCCACAAAGAUUUUGUGCUGCCUACGCUCCUUUGCCAAUCCCAUCCUGGUUGUGAAGGACGGACCGACUUCUUGUUUCAUCUCAUAAAUGGAAAGGACACACGGGUUAAGAUCCGUGUGAAAAUUAGCUGCCACCUGAUGUUAACUUAAGAACCAGCCUCAAACUGAUCCGUUAUUACUUUGAUUGAGUUAGAGAAACAAAUCAAGGAGUGAUGGGCUCCUCUUGCGAGUAGUUAAGCGGGUGUUGUGCCCAUCAAUUUUUCACUUUGUCCUUGCAAACAAGAGUUGUGUCUGUGAUCUAUAUGAUAUGUUUUGUUUGAGCAAGGAACCGCUUCUGACUUCCGGCGUCAUAACCAUGCUACCAACAUUUGAAGGACUUGUAAAAUUCUCAGACCAACAAUUCGUCAUGCAUAUUAAUUAUUCGAAAAGUAUUAAUGUUUCUGUAGAAAAAGUUCGACAGUUGAUUCCUAACAACAAUGCCAUGAUAUGAAGAAUAUACUUUGCAGUUUUAAAAUAGUCCACCUUAUAUUGAUGGUAGGAGAAACCAUUUUAUAUUGGUAGGAAACGUCUUUUGAACCAUCUAGAUAGCAAUAUGUAAGAUGUCAUGUUAGGGCCACUAGAAAUCAAUAGUCCUCUGCAGUUUAUAAAAAGUCGGCGACCGAUUUUACAAGCUCCAGUGAUCCUAAGCAAUUAAUCCAUGGGGAAGAUAGAUAAAAAUGCCUGCCGACACCUAUGUUUUAUACCUCAGUGGUCAUGUACUUGAGAGUUGAGAGUACUAAAUAGCAGUGAUACGAAUUGUAAUAUGAACAUCAAUGACAAUUAAAGGUCUCAAACUAACGAGGGGGGGAGGGCGCAUUUUGUUUGGUGGGAAGCGGCCGUUUUCUCAAGGGAUGAUGGUCACCUUCCCGCGGACCGUGAAAGAAAUUGGUACCGCUCGAUGACUUUGGCAGCCGUUAUAUAUCUGUCUUGUUCUCUUGGGCGGAUUCAUUAUAUAAUAAUGGCGCCGAACGGUCUUCUGCUAGUUGUCCGAUCCAAAGAAUAGACCGAUGUUUGGUGCCCUCACAAAACUAGAGGCCGUUCAGGCUCUCGACGAGUUCGCCUCAUCGACUGCCCGGCAUUGGAUGGUGGGUGUAGUAACAGGUUUGGGUCCCCAUCCCCCAUCGUAAUCCGGAUGGAAACCCAAAACCCUGGCGGCAAGCACUGCGGUGCGGCCUCCUGCGUUUCACUAGAAGCAGGUUAAUGGCGUUCUACCAUGGCUUAGUUCUUUUUCUUCUGAGGCGUGUCUCUCGUCACGGAAAUCCCAAGCAGCUGGUGAAUGGGUUCCCGUCCACCGUCCUCUGCCAGGAGAUGGCGUGUCAAUGGAAACGUUUAUCCUCGGCGUCCUGGAACUGCCAGAGUGGGACGGAGCGUGACGACUGGGAUUUGGCGACCCCGGUGGACGUUCGGGGAGACGACCUAAGGGGAAGGAUCCUGCGGCUGAGGUUCCCCAAGAAGAGUGCGGCGGAUGCUAUCAAGAAGUGGGUAGAUGAGGGAAAAGGCAUUCGCCGUUCGGAGCUCCGUUCGAUCGCGAAGCAGCUUGUGAGGUCUCGCCGUUACAAACAUGCGCUUGAGAUUUUUCAGUGGUUGGAUACUGAGGUUGGUUUCUCAAAAUCAGCUGCUGACCAUGCCAUCAUGAUGGAUUGCAUGAUAAAAGUUCAUGGCUUGUAUUAUGGAGAACAGUAUUUUGAGAACCUCCAUGACAGAGUCUCACGAAAGGCUGCUUGUAUGCCCCUUCUCCACUCUUAUGUCAUAAACAAGGCUGUGGAGAAUGCUGAGGCUCUUAUGCUGAAGCUGCAACAGUCAGGUUUGGCUGUAGAUGCCCAUCCUUUCAAUGAGAUGAUGAAAUUGUACAUGGCUACUGGUUCAUACAAAAGAGUUCCAUUGGUAAUUCGGCAGAUGAAACAUAACAAAAUACCCCUGAAUGUUCUCUCCUACAACCUCUGGAUGAAUGCAUGUGCUCUGGUAUCGGGUGUUGGGGCUGCGGAGAAAGUGUACGAGGAAAUGGUGAUUAACAAAAAUCUGGAGGUUGGCUGGAGCACACUCUCUACCUUAGCACACAUCUAUGUAAAUGCUAAUCUCAUCAGCAAGGCAGUUGCUGCUCUACAAAUGGCCGAGCAGAAACUGUCACCUAAGAAGCAUCUUGGUUACUUCUUUCUUUUGACGCUCUAUGCUAGAGCAAACAUUGAGGAGGGAGUCCUUAGAGUAUGGAAACUUAUUCAAAGAAUUGAAGUAAGACUGACUAGUACAAAUUACAUGUGUAUAUUGCUUUCUUUGAUGAAGGUUGGUAAUAUUAGGGAAGCUGAGAUGGCUUUCCAUAUUUGGGAAUCAGAAUGUCACAAGUACGAUAUUAGAGUCUCUAAUGUGCUUCUUGGUGCUUAUAUGAGAGAAGGAUGGAUGGACAAGGCUGAAUCCCUGCAUCUUCGUACCUUGAGGAAAGGUGGGUGUCCAAACUAUAAGACAUGGGAAAUUUUUAUGGAAGGGUGGGUGAAAGCAAAAGAGAUGGACAAGGCUAUUGAAGCCAUGAAGAAAGGAUUUUCUAAGAUGAAAAGCUGCAAUUGGAAGCCCUCUUCCUCUGUUCUACUGGCCAUUGCAGAGUACUUUGAGUUUCAGAAAAAUGUUGAUGGUGCAACAAAGUAUAUCAAAACUCUGCAUCAGCUAAGAUUGGCGACUGGGCCAUUGUACAAGACGCUGCUCCGGCUGUACAUCUGCACACGGAGAUCAGCUACAGAAAUUUUAAAGAUGAUUGAAAAGGAUAAGGUUGAUUUAGAUGAAGAAGCUCUAGCACUUUUAAAGGAUGUAAACACUAAUAAUGCAUCUGGUGAUGGCUGACGAGGCUUUCCUAGGCUGUUUGUCAUGAUGCAUCACAACUUCUGCGCUAAGGCUAGUUGAAUAUGUUCCUCACUUCUAGGGCAGCUUGUGUUAUUCAUUACUGGAAUUGGCUAAGGUUGGAGGCCAUUGUCUGGUUUGAUUUGCAGUUGUGACAUGUUUCAUGCACUAUUACUGGUUACAGGACAUGAUGUUGACAUUGGUGGAGGGUAAAUGGCAGGCCCUUGUCGAGAAUGUGUCUAUUUGCAAUUUAGUGUGCAAUCUGGCUGAAGGUUGGUUGGAAAUAUGCAGAUCAUGCAGUCUCCUAAAUCCUGUUAGUUCUGAAGCAAGCAGCCUUGAACCCAUAUGCUGGUUGAGUAUCAAACUAACAGCCGAGUUGUUCUUCUUGGUCUUGAAAUGACCUUUGCUUAGGGGUUGGAGUCGAUAUGAGGUGUGAGCAUAUGUAUCACAGUCCAGAGUUUGGACAACAAUACGGGGUUUGCUUGUGGGAUUACAGUCUAUUCAGUGCGUGAAAGCAAACUGGAAGUAAACAGUAAAGGUUGCAGCCUAGUUAUAUGCUUUAAUAUUCAUAUUCGGUAA